ACACAGUAACCCGUGAGCUACUGUGCUCCUGCUGCUCCCCUUCCAGAAACAUUGUGAGGAAAGAAAACAAACCUGCGUGGAUGGAUCCUUUACUUUUAAACACAUUUUAGUAUCCAUAGUGAACUGAAACGUUUCGGGUUUCGCGAUUGAUCUGAAUGUUUCAGUCGCUCGCGCUGAAGCGAACGCGGAUUCCUCGCGCAGAGAAUCAAAGUCUCUCAAACGCACCGUUUAGCUGCACAAACAUGGAUGUUCUGGCCAAUUACAGUAUUUUUCAAGAACUUCAACUUGUUCAUGACACUGGCUACUUCUCUGCGAUGCCGUCUCUGGAGGAAAACUGGCAGCAGACAUGUUUGGAGUUGGAACGCUAUCUGCAGACGGAACCCAAACGGCUGUCUGACCUUUUUGACGAGGAACUAGAUGGCCUCCUUACCCCCUCCUUCAUGAAGGAAGAUGUGGAUGAAGACCUGUUAGACCCCCUCCUUCCCAGCCUCAACAACCCCCCCAGUCCUCCUCCUCCUCCUCCUCCUCGCCUCACCCCACGCAAAGAAACUCUCUCCUCCACUUCCUCUACUGUGACCUCUCCAGACAUCACCUUAGGGGUCAACGCAGCCCAGCUGAACGCCGUCACCUCCCUAACACCUCCCUCGUCCCCAGAACUGGGCCGUCACUUAGUCAAACCCACCCACACACUCAGUGCCUCGCCCGACGGGACCCUCACGCUCAAGCUAGUGGCCCGAAAGGUGGGCUUGAGUUCUGCCAAGCUCGUGGUGGCCCACCCGGUCCCACUUUCUCCCCAGCAUGGCAGCAGCGGAGCACAGAGCGACGGGGAACAGGGCGCCACCUGCACCAUGGGAGCUGGUGAAAUGGCAGAGAACAAGAAGAGGGUCCAUCGCUGCCAGUUUAACGGGUGUCGGAAGGUCUACACCAAGAGUUCACAUUUGAAGGCACAUCAGAGGACACAUACAGGGGAGAAGCCGUACAAGUGCUCAUGGGAAGGCUGUGAAUGGCGGUUCGCGAGAAGCGAUGAGUUGACGAGGCACUACCGCAAACAUACCGGCGCCAAGCCUUUCAAGUGCAAUCACUGCGACAGGUGUUUCUCUCGAUCUGAUCACUUGGCACUGCACAUGAAGAGGCACAUCUGAGGAGGAGGAGGUGGCAAAAUGGCGAGGUGGAGGAAGAGAUGGAAGGUAGAGGAUGAGAAGGAGAGGGAUUAUGGGAAGAAGCCGGAUACCACUCAGGCCAUUCGCUCAUCCCACCAGAGAGUGGCCUCCUGUAGGGGAACCGAUCAGCACGGGCUGAACUCAGACCAGGUCUUUAGGUUUGGUCGGCCACGUCUGACCAUGAGGAUGGAAAUUCGGAGGUCUACAGAUCUGAGAAGGUGGUAUGACAUCUUAUGUCACUUAAAGACAACGUGCUUCAGUAGGUAUUUGCCUAAUGCUCAAAACAUCAAUGACUUGAUUUAGAUACUAUUAUUCCGUUCCAACUUCUCUGAGAACCAUUUAAAGCUUUCAUCAAUUUUACAUAGAGUACGUCUUACGCAGAUUGUCAAACAGACCAACUACCAAUGCACCUGGUUUGAUUUACUGCACCGUGCAAGAUGUGUCCCAAAAUCAUCUCCUUGAGAACCUUUGGAGAACAUCGUAGCGAUAGGAUGCCAAUCCAAAGAGAUGGAUUUUUCUUUGUUUCCCAUUUUGAGAGAGGAUUAUCUUUCUGCUUUGAUCCCACCAAUCCACAGCCAAGAUGUAAAGUGGAACGUCCAUCCGGAGAAAUCUGGAUUUCAAAGGUAAAGUGGAAUCACCCAUCGCUCAAAUGUGAAUCUGACUGGGGGCAGUGGAGGAAACACUCUUACAGUACCUUCUUCGUAGACAGACAAAUCUCUCUCUUUCACGUCCCUCCUUGCCAACCAACCGCUGCGCAGCGACACUUUGAGACUUUUUAUAAAGGAAAAAAAAUAAAAUUAAAAUAAAGAAGAGAUCUUUUUGAAUGAUGACUAUGUUAUAUAAUUCAGAAGACUUCUUUUUUGCUUUUCUCCCGUGGAUGUGUACAAAAUAGAAAAAGAAAAAGAAAUAAAAAUGGACCAAAAAAAAAAAACUGCCAUAUGCACAAGCGAAGAGUAGUGGAUUCUACACUGGCACAGACCGCAUCUGAGGUGGACUUCAUUUCUAUAGAAACGCAAACUUUUAGUGGCGAAAAGAAGUAAAGCAAUGUUGUUGUUUGCACACGUUUUGAGCAUUCCUCAACAUUAUUUAUGACCCAUGAAACGUUAUCCCAUAAACUUGGGUUCCUUCGGGAUUUCUAGGACUAGCAUGAAAUGAGAAAAGCACCAUGGUUUAUCUGCGGACUUCACUACAGAAUAAUGACUUCCAUCAUUCAAGGCAGAGAUUUGCAAUCACAACGUUUAGAAAUUUGUAAAUGCAUCACAGUAUGUCCCGAAAAACUGUCCGGACAGACAUUUCCCAUCAGUUAUUUUAGUUUGCACGGAUGGAAGCAUCAUAAGAAAGGUGUGCAUUGUGUUUCUCUGGUCCUGCAGGAGACAUCUACAUGUUUAGACUUUGUGAUGGGGUUUUUUCUUGCACAUUACAUAUCUGCCUUGUGUUCCUGGUAAAAACAGCUGUACAGUGUGUAAAUUGUAUAGUAAAAGUGAGGUUUAAAUUACAACGUACAAUCAAGUGUAGGAUGGAAAGUGUUCCUGAAUGUAAGGUUGUUUGAUUGUGGAUGGCCCUGCACUUAUGCAAUCAUUCAGACCACGGAAAGGCCUGAUCUGCUAAAGAUAGAUCCCACUGUGGCUCAUGCAUGAAGAUCUACACAAAUGCAUGUUGAUGAAGGAAUAAUUCACAUCAAAUGAGAAAUCGGUCAUCGUUUACUCACCCUAAUGUCAUUCUAAACCAGUAUGACUUUCUUUCCUUGAUGGAAUGCAGAAAAUGUUUAGAAGAAAGUUAUUUUUCCUACAAUGAAAACAGGAAUGGAGGCUGUCAAACUCCAAAAAAUGGCAUGGAAGCACCAUAAUACAUAGUGACUGUAUUUCAAGACUUGUGUGAAACAGACCAAAAUUUAACUCAUUCUCACUUCCAUAUUUUCGAAAUGGCAACAAACAAUUAUAAGACAUGGAAAAAACAUUGGCUUUAGGACUUCAAAUGUAUCUUCAUGCAUAAAGUUUGCAUGAACAAAGCUAUACUACGUUCAUU